UGCGCCCAGGAAGUUUGGCACCGGAAGAGGAGGGCCUUGCCAAAAUGGCGGCGCCGGAGACGCUGGAGUCAGACAUCUCAAGUGCCGUCACACUUUUGAAAAACCUCCAGGAGCAGGUGACGGCUGUAACUGCACAAGUACAAGCACUGACAAAAAAAGUUCAAGCUGGGACAUAUUCUACAGAGAAGGGUCUCAGCUUCUUGGAAGUAAAAGACCAGCUGUUGCUCAUGUACCUUAUGGAUCUGAGCCACCUCAUCCUGGACAAAGCUUCAGGAGGUUCUCUUCGGGGACAUGCUGCAAUUUUGAGGCUGGUGGAGAUUCGCACGGUUUUGGAAAAACUUCGUCCCUUGGACCAAAAACUGAAGUAUCAAAUUGACAAACUAGUCAAGACUGCAGUGACAGGCAGCCUCAGUGAGAGUGACCCACUUCGUUUUAAGCCUCAUCCCAGCAAUUUGAUGAGCAAGUUAAGCUCUGAGGAUGAAGAGGGAGAUGAAGCAGAGGAUGGCCAGUCUGAGGCUUCAGGGAAGAAAUCUGUGAAAGGAGUGUCUAAGAAAUAUGUUCCACCACGCUUGGUUCCCGUACACUAUGAUGAAACAGAAGCUGAACGAGAGAAAAAGCGUCUGGAACGAGCAAAGAGACGGGCACUUAGCAGUUCUGUUAUUCGUGAACUUAAAGAGCAAUACUCAGAUGCUCCAGAGGAAAUUCGUGAUGCUCGGCAUCCUCAUGUUACUCGCCAGAGUCAGGAGGAUCAACAUAGAAUUAACUAUGAGGAGAGCAUGAUGGUACGUUUAAGUGUUAGUAAGAAAGAGAAAGGACGGCGAAGGCGAGCAAGUGUUAUGAGCUCACAACUUCAUUCCCUGACGCACUUCAGUGACAUCAGUGCAUUGACAGGAGGAGCUGCUCAUCUAGAUGAGGAUCAGAAUCCUAUUAAGAAACGAAAGAAGAUACCCAAGAAAGGUCGAAAGAAAAAAGGUCUACGAAGGCGGUGGUGAUUGUGGGUGUACAUAUUUACGUACUUUUUGUCAUCCUGAGAUGCUUCUAACUUCACUGUAUGUAGGUGUUUUCCUUGGACUUUUAUAAUUUGCCUUGGAAAUGUGGAAAGAACUUUACUAAUAAAAAUUGAUUUUGCUUAUGAA